UGUCGGCCAUGUGUUUGUUUGGCGGUGAAAUGGCGGCCACGCGGGGGUCACCAUCAGUUUAAAUUUACCGCUAACACGCCGCCGCCACAGGGGGGGACUGGACGAUACACUACUGAGGACGAGGGGAGGGCACAAUGGAGUACGACAUGAUCCUGCCGGCGGUGACAGGAGCCUCGGGAGUGUUUGCUGGGUGUGCUGUGCUCUAUAGCAAACUGAGGCCUCACUUCCCUGUUAAAGUCAACUGCUGGUUUUGUAACAAGGACACCAAAGUAGCAUUCAGGCAGCGAGAGAGUUGGUUCUGUCCAUCAUGUCAGCAGUAUAAUGGCUUUACAGAGGAUGGGGAUUACAAUCGAGACCUGCCUGCUCAGUACUGUGAGAGUUUGAACGUGACGUCACGGAAGCACACUGAAGGGCGUAACAGGGAUCAGCCCACACUGGCCCUGGGGAAUGGGUUGUGUCAGACAUGCAAUCUCAACCAGACCCUCAAAGUCCGUGCCCUGGCUGACUACACUCCCAUCCGUGCAGAUAAUUAUGACAAAGAAAUUGAAGAUUACAGAAAGAGGCUAGAAAAGACUUACAGCCUGUGUCGAGCAUGUGAGGCAACACUACAUCAAACACUUGGCAAACAAGAUUCCUGGCUCAAGCCAAAGCUUAUAUCAUGGAGGCUUAAGAUGACAGCAGAGAACAAGGCCAAGCUGGUGGUGAACUCUCACAGGGGUUACCGAGGGACCUCUUUCCUCCUGCACCUGCUGCGCUUCAUGGGGCUGCUGAUCUCUCUGACGCUGUUCCUGUGUAACCUUCACCAUCUUCAGAAAGACUCUGGCAAUUGUCUAGUGGAGCUGGACUUUGGUCUGGGUCUUGAGCAGCACCUGGAGGCCCUCUACCUGUUUGUCUCCCCCCUUGUGAUAGCUGGACUUGCACUCCUCCUUCUCAGCAUAUUUGGCUCUGGAAAGGAAAUUUUAUUGGUAUCAGAUGCCAUAACAAGCUUCAUGUGGGUUGGUCUUUUGGCUCUCAGUUCAUCAAAGCAACUGAUGUCAAAUAAGGAUUACAACUCACUUCAGGUGCUGGUGUCUGGAGCAACCGUCCUCUUCACUGCCUGGACUCUAGUCAUACCAAGGAGCACCAGUGGAACCAAGUUAAUGUCAAAACACAUUCUCAAUAAGAGUGGAGUAAGUGAAACUUUAAGUAGCAGAUUGGAUGACUCGCAGAACACCCUCAGUGCAAGUAUCAUUGAUGAGCCACUGAAUUUGCCCUCCCCUGAGGUGCCUCACAUGAGCAGUGCAUCACCCAGCACUCCUCAGCCCUCCAGUGAGAAUCUCGUAGCUGCUGACCUGGCUGCCACAACUCAGGAUCUGGACACCACAUUGGGCAGCCUCAAGAUUAGCACUCCCCUUAAAGCUAAUGCAAAGAACCAAUCCAUUACAUCUUUCUCCCCUCGGCUGCUGUUCUCAGAAAAACCAGGUUAUAAUCCAAAGCUCAGUGGUUCCUACUGCAUCCAGAAGAACCUAGUAAGUCCCCCUCGUCUCUCUACCAAGAACAUCACCCAGUCUUCCUGGGUGGCUGGUGGUUACUGGGGCCACCCAGUCAGUCCAGCUCGUGAUGUCUCUUCCCACCCAGUUGUGUCACCCUUCAAUCAGGUUCCUCCCUCCACCCCUCCCUACCCUCUGUCUCGAUCAUCCAGCCAGAGUUCGGGGUUUGUUUCUCAGGGCAGUGGGCCAACCACAUACAGGAGCCAGGGACCCUUUAGCCUGCCUAAUUCCCGACACGGCUCUCACUGUGGGGACUUUGACCAUGGUUCAGUGUUGUCAGAACCUGCCUAUAAGUCUUGGGGAGGUGCUCCUACACUGUAUCCGUCUGAUUCUGUCUCCCAGUGUGGCCGUUCUGUGCAUCCCAGCCAGUCCAAGAGUGAUGCUCAAUCACUGCACAGCUACAGCUCUGCUUACUCUGAUUCUUUAAGGUACACUCCUCCUUCUCCCAUUGCUAACAGCUCCUUCCUGUAUCACACCAACCAAGGCAAUCUUAGUGAUACCUCCAUGAGUGAUGGCCAUCUAGGAAAUGGGACUGUGCUGGAGGGAAGAGAAGGAAGUGUAAAGUCUUUCACUUCAACCAAAUAUGACCAGAAUUUGAUUUUUAGCUGUCGUAAUCCCUGGUUUGCCUUUUUCUUGGGGAUGAGCUUUGCAGCAAAUGGUUUCCUAGUCGCUUUGCUCUACUUACGUGCAGAUAUACAAAUGUUUCUUGGGAGUUGAGGUCGGAUGUAAUUUAAGAAAUAUUACUAACUUUCUUGCAUUUCUUUCAGACUUCGCUAAGCCUCUUGCUAUUUUCUUCAGAAUAUUUAUGUGAUAUCUGAAGAACUGAAAAAUCGUAAAAGUAUUGUAGUACAAACUUUCAAAUGGACAGCUCAGAAGAGAAAUUAGACUUUUUACAUUGUUCUUGCCAUAGGAAAUACAAAAGUGACUCAGGAUUUGAAGAUCUGAGUAUAGUAUUUCUCUUUUAAUCAUUCCAGUAAUGUGUAUAUGUGACAUCUAACUGUGAUAGUUUCUGUCAUGAUUUGCAUUGAAUGGGACCAUAGGUUAUUACCAUUACCUCACUGAUUACUGAGAAAAUUUUCAGAAGCCUUCCUGUAUGUUAAUGACAUGUUCAAGCUUUUCUGAGUGUUGUUGAUAUUCUGUGAUACUGACUAAUGAUGAUGCCCACUACAAAGAAAUUGUGUAUAACUAUAUUACUUGACUUUGGUUAAGGAGAAAUAAAAGUGGUAAUUUUUUAUAAUACAUUGGAGCAUCUCUGGGUGGGGUGUCAGUUUAGUGAAGCAUCAGGCCAGUUUGUUGUCACUGUAUGUAUUGAAUAGUUUGUCAAGAACUUGUUGAUGUGAUUUUAGUUUUUAUUUCUACAUAUUGUUUUUAAUGAUCUGCCAAGGUGUGGUGUACAUAUGCAAAAUGUGAAUGAAAGUUUGUUGAAAUUACCAAUAACUUUAUAGUAGGAGAACAGUUGUUGAUACCUGUUUACAGAACAAAAUAACUUAAUACUCCGAAUGUCAUGGCAUUAUCUUGAUUUUGUAAUAUACCCAUACUGUUGUGGUCUGAUCUAGCAGACUGCUUUCUCCAUGUAGCUGAAUACAUUUAGCCCAGCUAGAACUCUUGAGUCAUUAGACAUUAAGGUGUGUGUGUCUAGUGUAUGUGUCACCCACAGUCAUCACUGCCAUUCAAUUCCUUUUCUCAAAUGGUUGUACUUAGAGAUGUCACUGUCUCUCUAAAUGACCUCGCAGGUUUAAUGUUGAAUUAGUUUUUGAUUUUUUGUUUUAACUUUGAUUGUUGUAGUAAUGUGGAGUUCAUUUUACACUUCAAGAACAUUUUCAGUGCCAUCAACAUUUUAACUUGUGAAAUUGUAAGUUACUGAUAGACAAUGAGCAAUUCUGAACUUUUAACAAACUUUUAAUCCUCUCGGGGUUUGCAGAGUUAGUGUGAAGUAGAUUAAUUGUCUGCAUUUUUGUAAGAACAUCAGGGUUCUUGUUCUUCAGGUGAGGAAGUUUGUUUUGCGAGAUGAACAUUUCUUCACCUGGGGAGCCACUCUAAUAUUUCUCAUGUUAUUGCAUUUACAAAGUAAGGAUGAAUAUUUAUAUAUUUAUUUUGUGUGUAAUAUGGUUGAUUUGUUUUCAAGAUAUGUAUGCCCAGGGAAGCUCAUGGAUUUUGUAAAACCUUAAUAAAAGGCCUCAGUUGUCAUGAAAAUAAAUUUAUUGAUAUCUUAA